AUGACAAACAUUUUCUAUCACUCUAAGCCUUCUCUCAAUCUGAAACAAGAAAGCAAAGCUAAACCAGAAGAAAUGGCAUUUUCUUUCCAUGUUCGUUCUAACAGCUUCCCUUCAAGGCAGCACCCUCAAGCCGCUUAUGUCGAUGAGCAAUUAAACCGAUUGAGAUCUUCAGAGACAGCUUCUUCAUCUUCUAUCUGCCGAAGACUUAGCAACCUUCAAGAUUUACAUGAUGCUCUUGACAAGAUGCUUAGAUUGUCCAUCACUCAACAAACUUUAUCUCAAGAGCAAGUUGAGAUGAUUCUUGAUGGAUCUAUCAAGAUCUUAGAUUUAUGCAACUUUUCCAAAGACGGUUUAUCACAAAUGAAAGAGAGUCUCAAGGAGAUCCAAUCUAUCUUAAGAAGAAAGCGUGGAGAUUUAUCAGCUGAGAUCAAGAAAUACUUGGCUUCUAGAAAGUUUCUCAAGAAAUCAUUCCAGAAAGUACUCAAGAGUUUGAAAACGUGCCAAAACAAAAACAAAGAGUCUUUGGCGGUGUUUGGAGAAGCAGAAGCUGUAACAGUUGAUUUAUUUGAAUCUCUGUUUAGCUUCAUGUCUGGACCAAAAUCUUGUGGCAAAUGGUCAAUGGUCUCAAAGAUUAUGAGCCAGAACAAAGCUGCAUGUGAAGCUGAAGAAAAUGAAUUCACAAGAGUGGACUUGGAGUGCCAAUCAGAAAAGUCCUUGAAGAUCGAAGAUGUGCAGAAUUUAGAUUUAUGCAUUCAAGAUCUUGAAGAUGGGAUUGAGUCACUCUCUAAAUCAUUGAUCAAAUAUAGAGUAUCAAUUCUUAACAUUUAA